AUGGACAGUGAUCAAGAUAUCAAGGAACUUCUAAUUACAAAGACCGACGCAUCCAGAUCCGACGACGAGAACUCUCCGAUCGACCAGGUAGCACUCACAGUUCCGGUAACCGACGACGAGAACUCUCCGAUCGAGCAAGUAGCACUCACAGUUCCGGUAACCGACGACGAGAACUCUCCGAUCGAGCAAGUAGCACUCACAGUUCCGGUAACCGACGAUCCAUCCCUACCGGUCUUCACUUUCCGAACAUGGACAUUAGGAACUCUCGCCUGCUUUUUCCUCUCAUUCUUGAACCAAUUCUUUGGCUUCCGCCGGGAGCCUCUUUCAGUCACGGCUAUCUCAGCACAGAUUGCGGUGGUUCCCUUGGGUCACCUGAUGGCGGCGACGCUGACGGACAGAGUUUUCAUGAUAGGGAAGAAGUGGGAGUUCACGUUGAAUCCCGGCAAAUUCAACGUGAAGGAGCACGUGCUUAUUACGAUUUUCGCUAGUUCGGGUUUUGGGCUUUGGUUGGGCCGGGGUUUUCCGUCGUUACUUGGUGGAGCCCGCUGCUAUGUGGUGGCCGCAAAAUCUCGUCCAAGUAUCGCUCUUCAGGGCACUGCACGAAACAGAGGAGAGACAAAAGGGAGGGUUAACACGAAACCAGUUCUUCCUUAUAACAUUUAUUUGCAGUUUUGCAUAUUAUGUGUUUCCAGGCUACUUGUUCCCAAUGCUAACAUCACUCUCUUGGGUAUGUUGGGUGUUUCCCAAUUCAGUUAUAGCACACCAGUUAGUCCAUGGUUUGCUACUGCUAACAUUGCUGCUGGUUUUGCCAUUUUCAUGUAUCUCAUUGUUCCUACUGCUUAUACCCUUAAUCUUUACCAUGCAAGAAGAUUUCCCAUCUUUUCAGAUGGCUUGUUCAGCUCUGAUGGUCAAAAAUAUAACAUCUCGGCUAUUACUGACUCUAACUUCCACCUUGAUUUGGAAGCUUAUCAACGCCAGGGCCCUCUUUAUCUUAGCACCAUGUUUGCUAUGUCAUAUGGUAUUGGUUUUGCUUGCCUUUCUGCAACUCUUGUUCAUGUAUUGCUUUUCCAUGGAAGCGAUAUAUUGCAGCUGAGUAAGUCUGCGUUUCAAGGGAAGAAGAUAGAUAUACACACGAAGAUCAUGAGAAAAAAUUAUAAACAAGUUCCUGAAUGGUGGUUUUUAUGCAUUCUUUUGUUCAGCAUUACGGCAGCUACAUUUGUGUGUGAGUAUUACAACGAUCAACUCCAGCUACCAUGGUGGGGUGUGAUGUUAGCAUGUGUUGUUGCUGUAUCGUUUACUCUUCCUGUUGGAAUAAUCAGAGCUACGACAAAUCAGGCACCUGCUUUGAAUGUGAUAACAGAGUACAUAAUUGGAUACAUCUACCCUGGUUAUCCUAUUGCAGUCAUGUUGUUUAAAGUGUAUGGGAACAUGAGUAUGAAACAGGCCAUUUUCUUUUUGCAAGAUUUUAAGCUUGGCCAUUACAUGAAGAUUCCUCCUAGAGCAAUGUUCUUGGCACAGGUACUGGGCACAAUAAUAGCUGCAAUUGUGCAUCUAUUAACAGCAUGGUGGCUAAUAGAAACAGUUCCAAAUAUAUGCCAUAGGGAAUUGCUUCCACCAGGAAGCCCAUGGACUUGCCCAGGUGAUCAUGUAUUCUAUGAUGCAUCUGUCAUAUGGGGUUUGAUAGGGCCUCGCAGAAUAUUUGGAAAUCUAGGACACUACUCGGCCAUCAACUGGUUUUUCUUGGCUGGUGCUAUUGCUCCUUUAGUUGUUUGGCUAGCACACAAAGCCUUCCCUGAUAAACCAUGGAUUAAACUUAUUACUAUGCCUGUACUGUUAGGAGCAUUAUCCGAAAUGCCUCCAGCUACACCAGUUAACUACACUAGUUGGGUUCUUGUUGGAUUUGCCUCAGGAUUUGUUGCUUACCGUUACUAUCGUGGUUGGUGGACCCGUCAUAACUAUCUCUUGUCUGGAGCACUUGAUGCUGGAUUAGCCUUCAUGGGAGUUUUUCUUUACUUGUGUUUGGGGAUGCAGCAUAUCAGCCUAGAUUGGUGGGGUAGUAACUCAGAUAGAUGUCCUUUAGCUUCAUGUCCAUCUGAUUCAGGUGUCAUAUCUAAAGGGUGUCCUAUUUUUUGA